CAGGGGCGCGAGUUGCAUGGUGUUGCAUCGUUUCGCGCGCGCGUCCCUUAUCAGUGAAUGUAAAUGCAAGUGUGUGCUACAAAUGAAUCAGCUGAGCGCCAGCUGUGUCAUACGACUCGACCAAUCGGAUAGACGUAUGCCCGAAAGGCUACUAGCGCCACCUAUAAGCACGCCUGCCCGGCGCCCAUCACUUCUUUGGCGUUCCUGCAAAACUUCGCGCUGCCAAGCAGUUUCUUUAAUGAAUUUUAAAUAGCUAUUAUCUUUAAAAUAUAGUGUGAUUAGAUCAAGGCGGGAAGCAUUCUCCAAUGGACGCGGAAGAGCAUGGAUGCACCUCGGUUUGUCUGAUUUCGGAAACGCCACGACGCUGUAAUUUCGUAUAUAUGUAAAAAGAAAAGACCAAUAUAAAGACGAAUGUACUCGUUUUAUUCAAGAAUUCGCUUGUUGAAUGUCAUUAAAGUGCAUAUUUAUUGGAAAAAUCACACUGACUGUGAAACGUCGUCGAGUGAAUCAACAGCUUGGAAGACCUUUCUUUGAUCAACAAAAUCCUUGUUUCCUGAGGAUGACAUCGGUGUUUGUCCAUUGAGAAAGGUCAAGGGAAGUUCUCUGGAAAGUAUUUGUAAAAAUUGAAAAAUUUCCCCCUUUUGAGGUUAUGGUAUUCAUAUAGAGGGCGUCACAGCGCCAGAUUGCAAGCAGGGGUUGGUCAUCGUUUCGCGCGCUGGUCUCCCGCGCUUCGAGAUCCACGUCCUCGGAUUUUUCGAUGAAAAUUUUAUUCCAAAGCUAUUUACAUUAUGAUGGUACAUCGCUAAAGACUAUCGGAGAUUUUCUUUUGAUUAAAUCGAAUAAGUGCGUUUACGUUUCAUCGUUAAAUAUUGGAUUGGUAUCGGGGAAGGAGACGUGCAUUAUGGCGAUCGAGUGUGUCUGAGCUUCGCGCGCUCUCAUACUUUUUAGUAUUUUCUCGACAAUAUUGUAGCACGAAAUCUUACUUGCUUUUCGUCAAAACUUAGUCUGAUAUCACCCGAUACCGAGGAUUAAUAAAAAAAAAUCUUAACGCUUAAGAAUAUCUCGAACUCUGCGAGUAUUUCUCAGCAAGAUGCCACAGACCAGUUUACAAGAGAAAAAGUCUUCCCAAACUUAUUUGCAAGGUGGUAAAGAGAGGCAAUUGUUAAAGCGUAAAAGACGUACAGCUGAACUUUCUGAAGAUUCAGAAAAUAUUUAUCCUCCUAGCAAAGUACCAGCAUUAUCUCAUGUGUCAUAUACAGAAUCUUGUAAUGGUACACAUUCUAUAGAAAAUCCAUGUACACCUCAACAUCAAACAUCUCCUUUAAAAGAACAACAGGAACCAGCAACUUGGUCGGAAUUAAGAAAUGCAACUUGUUUCUUGACACCUUCAGGUUCUAAUAACGCAUCAAAUAGGCAAAGUCCUCUCCCAUCGUUUCCUUGGGCAGAUGGUUCACAAGUAUGGGCCCUUAUGUGUCUGGGAGAUCAAAAGACUCUUAGUCAAAGAGAUCCGCAAAUGUUUCAAAGGCAUCCAACAUUACAACCACGAAUGCGUGCUAUUUUGUUGGAUUGGUUAAUCGAAGUUUGUGAAGUGUACAAACUACACAGAGAAACUUAUUAUCUUGCCAUGGACUAUAUAGACAGAUAUCUGUCUACUCAUCAAAAUGUACCAAAAAGUCAAUUACAACUUAUAGGUAUUACAUGCCUGUUUAUUGCAGCCAAGGUUGAAGAAAUCUAUCCACCUAAAAUAGCUGAGUUUGCAUAUGUUACUGAUGGGGCCUGCACAGAGGAAGAGAUUUUAGGAAAAGAAUUAAUCAUUUUGAAAGGAUUAGGGUGGAAUCUCUCGCCGAUGACUGCUCCAGGAUGGCUUAAUAUCUACAUGCAAAUAGAAUCCGGUGAUUGGUCUAAACCCAAUGUAUUUAUAUAUCCACAGUAUAGUGGAUUGCAGUAUUCGCAAGCUGCUCAGCUUUUGGAUUUAGCAACCUUGGAUGAAGGAAGUUUAAAAUUUCCUUAUAGUCAUAUAGCUGCAGGAGCUAUUUAUCAUACACAAGGAAGAGAACGUGCUUUAAGGGCAUCGCGUCUUUCCUGGGAACAAUUGGCUCCUUGUGUUAAAUGGCUGACUGCAUUCGCCUCGACAGUGUUGGAAGAUGGUUCCCAAUUUUUGUUAAGAUCUACUGUUCCUCCUGUGGAAUCUAAUUCAGGAUCUGGACUUAAAGCAACAGUACCUAACAUAGUGAUGGAUGAAUCGCAUCGCAUACAAACUCACGUGGUAGAUCUGAAUAUGUUAGAAAAAGCGCAACAACGAUUGGCAGAAGAAAUUUUACUAGUCGACGUAGAGGAAACAGAUGUGAAAACUGAAUCUGACAGACAUAGUAGUCCAAAUGAAAGUGGUCUUUUAACUCCUCCUUCUAGUAGCCAAAAAACUUCUCCUACAACACCGAGUCUCCCGCCACAGUUACAUCCGUAUACAUAAUACUUAUUUGCAAAUGCUCGAUGUUAUUAUAUUACUAUUACUCAUCUCGUCGCGAAUAUUUUUUUAAACUUUAGAAUUAUUAUAAUUAGAGCGAUUCGUUGUAAAAAAAAAAAGAAAAAAAAAAGAAAAAAAAAAGAAAAAAAAAAAGAAAAAAAAGAAAAAAAAAAGAAAAAAAAAGAUAAAAAAAGAAGAAAAAAAAAAGAAAAAAGGAAAAAAAAACAACAAAAGCAAGAAAGAGGAGAAAACAAAAAAAUGCUGACGCAAAUGUUGUCGCUUACGAGUAACUAAACCUACGCAUAAGCGUAAUAACGUUAUAGUAAUUGUUAUACUUUAUUUCGUAUAUAAUAUACAUAAUGUUAAUUCCCUUGUGUGCAUCAAUCGACCAUAUCCAGCGAUCGUUUGGCACGUGGUGGUGAAUCUGUCAUUCAAAAAGACUCAGUACAAGACAUUAAGCGUAUAAGAAGAUGUGCAUUAUAAGCACAAAUUUAAUUUAAUAUAUGUUUUAGUAUAUAUAAACAUUUACAUAUAAAAAAAAGUGCCUUGUGUCAAAGCAACUUGAACUUAAAUAAGAGCCAUAUAUUAAAUGGUGGCUAAUCUCUGUGAUUAUACCCUACAGUGAAGCUUCAUGCAACAUAUACUUUAACGAAUCGGAUUUAAUUAAUAUUGUUCUUAUUCCUAUAAAUAUAGAUAUUAUUAUUAUUAUUAUUAUUAUUAUUAUUAUUAUUAUUAUUAUUAUUAUUAUUACUAUUAUUAUUAUUAUUAUUAUUAUUAUUAUUAUUAUUAUUAUUAUUAUUAUUAUUAUUAUUAUUAUUAUUAUUAUUAUUAAAAAAUACAAAAAAUAAUUCUAGUGCCUACGAGAAGUGUCUUUUCGUUCGUAGUUCUUUUUAUUAGCACAAAAAUAAAAAGAACAUUGUGAAUAGUAUUUGAACUAUAUAUAUAUAUAUAUAUAUAGUUCGCUUUAUAUUACGUACUAUCUAGUGCGGUAAUACAUUAAUGUGUUGCACGCGUGUGUAUUUUUAUGUAUAUGUAUAUUAUGAAAAAAGAAAUUGUGUGAGAAAAUGAAUGCGUGCGAGAAUGUGUGUGACAAAUCAGCAUGCGUAAAUGUGACAAAUAAGACUUGUGACCACCAUAUAUUUUGGUGAUAUUUUCACACUGCCGUUCAUGUAACAACAUGGUGGUUUAUACACAUUUGUAUGAAGCUUGAUAAUAAAUUUGUUAAUCUAUGGUA